AUGAAUCUUACAGCAAUGAACCAAAGCGACGUCUGUCAGGAAUAUUGGUGUCCAGAGAGAUCUGUUUCUUUAUCUGUGUAUGUGAUUCUGUAUGUGGCCGCAGCAGCUGUGUCUCUUCUGACCGUGUGUGGAAACCUGCUGGUCAUCAUCUCUGUUAGUCACUUCAAGCAGCUCCACACACCUGCGAACAUCCUCAUCCUCUCUUUGGCUGUGUGCGAUCUCCUGGUUGGAGUUUUUGUGUUGCCGUUUCACUUAUCUUGGCUUAUUGAGUCAUGUUGGAUUUCUGGAUCAGUGAUGUGUUCAGUUUUCAAUUUUGUGACUUUUCAGGCGACAAGCGUGUCUGUUCACACUGUUGCUCUGAUAGCAGUUGAUCGUUUUUUGGCUUUAAGUUCUCCUUUUCUUUACUCUGAGAAGAUCUCACCCACUGUUAUCUGCAUAGCAACUUUAUUUAACUGGUUGUUUUCACAAUUUUAUAACUUCACUCUUCUUUACGUUAAUGGAAACUUUGCUGAUGUCACGUGUCCAGGAAUGUGUAUUGCUGUUAUAGAUGGGGUUUCAUCUCUCAUUGAUCUCCUGUUUGUGUUUCUUAUGCCUUGUACGCUUAUUAUAAUAUUAUACACUCAUGUUUUUGUCAUUGCUAAGAAACAUGCGACUGACCGGUUUUAUGUCAGAAAUGUUACUGUAAUAUUUUUCUUCUUGAACUCCACCAUUAAUCCCAUCAUUUAUGCUUUAUUCUAUCCCUGGUUUCAGAAAAGUUUAAAGUUAAUUUUCACAUUUAAAGUGUUGAAUAAAGACUCAUCCCUGAUGAAUUUGCUCAAAGUCACUGAAUGA